CGGAACGGCGUGCCCGCGACAGAUGGCGGCUUCCUACAAAUCAUGAUGGCGACCAGAGGCAACACGGAGAUAGAGAGACUGGUGCUGCAGGAAAGACUGACGGCGAUCGACAAUAUAUCUCAGGAGCUGAAGAAUUUGAAGACUCGGUAUGGCGAGCUGGUUGGUGAGGACGUCUUAGGAGUUGCAGGGAGGCGAUUAGGGUUCGGGACAGUGGAGGAGACGGUGAGCUUAAGA